CACGGCCCGCCGCCCCCGCGGCUGUCAGUCGCUGGCGUCUAUGUGUCUCCUCGCCUGUCAGCCCCCGGGUCUGCGCGAGCUGCUUCCCAUCAGGCCCGGCUCCUGUCGGGCCCACAAGCUCUGUCCGCCGCGCCGCCCGCUGCCGGGGCUCUGUCAGCCGCCAGCACCCCCAUGCGAGAGGCCCCGCCCCUUCCCCUCGAGGCCCCGCCCUCCCCAUCUGUCAUCACGCCCGCCGCAGCUCAGCGCCCCGGGGUCCUGGGGUCAGGGUGGUCCCGCGCCAUUCGGCUCCAAAGGGAGCCGGAGCAGGAGGUGCAAGGCGAGGCGGGCCGGCGGGGGCGCGCCUGGCUGCGGGCGCGCGUGUCCGAGAGCCUUUGGCGGCUCUGCACGCUUCGUGUACCCGCAGCCCUUGCAGCUGGGAUAAAGCAGUGGAGCCGGGACUCGAACCUGUGGAGAGUGCGGUGGACGCCCCCAUCCCCACGCAGAGAUACUCCCUGUGGGCCCGGGCUUCCGGAGGCCCCGAUUCGCGUGCAUGAAUAGCAGCUGCAGAAGCAACCAGUGACCCGAUAAAGAUGCAUUUGGGGCAGUGUAAAGUGAAGCGGGGCAGGAGAGGAGGAAGGAGAGAGCAGUUUGCUCAUGUGUUCUCUAAUAAAAAGAGGCAGCAGUGCUAAGAGCUGGGUUCUGGAGCCAGGCUGCCUGGGUUCAAAUCUUGGCUGUAACCUCAGGUUUAAUAAGGAAAACCUCCUUUCUGCAAAUAACUGACAAAGUUGCCCUAAGAAGCACGUCUCGGACCUUCAUGGAGUAUCUGAAACUUGUACUGUAAGACCCUUGAUGGGACAAGCUCUUGCCUGCUGAUCACCCAGAGUGACUGUCAUCAUGGCCAGCAAGAGGAAGUCCACCACCCCAUGCAUGAUCCCAGUGAAAACCGUGGUCCUGCAGGGUGUGAGUGUAGAGGCCCAGCCUGUGGAAGCCUCGCCUGAAGGCCCCCAGCAGGAUCUGCCCCCAGAGACACCUGCUGCCAGCAGUGAGACAGCCCCAAAUCCCAGCAACACUGAUGGUUCUGCCCUGGCCAAUGGGCAUCGGAACACUUUGGAUGGCUAUCUAUAUUCUUGUAAAGACUGUGAUUUCAGAUCCCAGGACAUGACUCAGUUUGUAGGACAUAUGAAUUCAGAGCACACAGACUUUAAUAAAGACCCAAAGUUUGUAUGCAUAGGGUGCAGUUUCCUGGCAAAAACCCCUGAGGGGCUUUCCCUGCACAAUGCCAAGUGUCACUUGGGGGAAGCCAGCCUUGUGUGGAAUGUGACCAAGCCGGACAAUCAUGUAGUUGUGGAGCAGACUGUCCCUGGGAGUACUAGCACUCCUGACCCAGCAGCUGAGUCCAGCACUGAAGGGACUGAUGGACAGGCUGAAAUCAUCAUAACUAAGACUCCAAUCAUGAAGUUAAUGAAAGGCAAAGCUGAAGCCAAAAAAAUCCACAUGCUCAAGGAGAAUGCUCCCAGCCAGCCUGUGGCUGAGGCCUUGCCAAAGCCAUCAGCCGGGGAGGCAGAGGUGAAAGAGGGGGACCACACUUUUGUCAAUGGGGCAGCUCCAGUCAGCCAGGCGUCUGCUAGCUCCACAAAGCCACCCCACCCUGCCAAUGGGCCCCUAAUAGGAACAGUGCCAGUACUGCCGGCUGGUAUAGCACAGUUCCUCUCCCUCCAGCAGCAGCCUCCAGUGCAUGCCCAGCACCACACCCACCAGCCCCUACCUACAUCCAAGACCCUUCCCAAAGUCAUGAUCCCCUUGAGCAGCAUCCCAACAUACAAUGCGGCCAUGGACUCCAACAGCUUUCUGAAGAACUCCUUCCACAAAUUCCCUUACCCAACCAAAGCUGAGCUCUGCUACUUGACUGUGGUGACCAAGUAUCCAGAAGAACAGCUCAAGAUCUGGUUCACAGCCCAGAGGCUGAAACAGGGAAUUAGCUGGUCCCCUGAGGAGAUUGAGGAUGCCCGGAAAAAGAUGUUCAACACAGUCAUCCAGUCUGUGCCUCAGCCCACAAUCACAGUUCUCAACACCCCCCUGGUUGCCAGUGCUGGCAAUGUACAGCAUCUUAUCCAGGCUGCCCUCCCAGGCCAUGUUGUGGGACAGCCAGAGGGCACAGCAGGGGGACUCCUAGUCAGUCAGCCACUGAUGGCCAAUGGAAUUCAAGCAUCAAGCUCAUCUCUCCCCCUGACAACUGCAUCUGUCCCAAAGCCAACUGUGGCACCCAUUAACACUGUGUGUUCAAACACAGCAUCAGCUGUGAAGGUGGUCAAUGCAGCCCAGUCACUCCUCACAGCGUGUCCCAGCAUAACUUCCCAAGCCUUCCUUGAUGCAAACAUCUACAAAAAUAAGAAGUCUCACGAACAGCUGUCUGCUCUGAAAGGAAGCUUCUGUCGGAACCAGUUCCCUGGACAGAGCGAGGUGGAGCAUCUGACCAAAGUGACAGGCCUUAGUACCAGAGAGGUGCGGAAAUGGUUCAGUGAUCGGAGAUACCACUGCCGGAACCUGAAGGGCUCCAGGGCCAUGAUGCCUGGAGAGCAGAGCUCCAUCCUCAUUGACUCUGUGCCGGAGGUGUCCUUCUCCCUGUCAUCCAAGGUUCCUGAGGUGACCUGUAUCCCAACAGCAACUUCACUCGCAAGCCACCCUGCCACCAAACGACAAUCCUGGCACCAGACUCCAGACUUCAUGCCAACCAAAUACAAGGAGAGGGCCCCAGAGCAGCUUCGAGCCCUGGAGAACAGCUUUGCACAAAACCCACUUCCCCUUGACGAGGAGUUGGACCGCUUGAGAAGUGAAACCAAAAUGACCCGAAGGGAAAUUGACAGCUGGUUUGCGGAGAGACGAAAAAAAGUGAAUGCUGAGGAUACCAAGAUGGCUGAUGAACAUGGGCAACAGGAGGAGGAGGAGGCUGCUGAGGAGGAUGGUGGAGAAGGGCUGACUGGUGAGCUGAGGGUUCCUGGUGAAAAUGGUUCUCCUGAAAUGUUUCUUAGUCAGGCCUUGGCAGAGCGUAAGGUCAGCCCCAUCAAAAUUAACCUUAAGAACUUGCGAGUGACUGAAGCCAGUGGGAGAAGUGAGCUUCUGGGACUGGGUGCGUGUGAGCCUGAGGACGAUGGGUUGAAUAAGCUGGUGGAGCAGCCUCUGGGCAAAGCGAGCUACAAAAAGACAGCACAGCAGCGCCACUUGCUACGGCAGCUCUUUGUCCAGACACAGUGGCCCAGCACCCAGGACUAUGACUCCAUCAUGGCCCAAACAGGGCUUCCCCGGCCAGAGGUGGUACGCUGGUUUGGAGAUAGCAGGUAUGCUCUGAAGAAUGGCCAACUCAAGUGGUACGAAGAUUAUAAGAGGGGCAACUUUCCACCAGGUCUGCUGGUCAUUGCCCCUGGCAACCGAGAACUACUGCAAGAUUAUUAUGUGACACACAAGAUGCUGUAUGAGGGGGACCUGCAGAGCCUCUGCGACAAGACCCAGAUGAGCGCCCAGCAGGUCAAGCAGUGGUUUGCUGAGAAAAUGGGUGAAGAGGCCCGGGCCAUGGCAGGCACAAGCAGUGAGGACCAGGGCCCUGGUGCUAGUGAGCCUGUGGCAUUUCACAGAGGGCUGGGUGACACUUAUGCAGAGGUGUCUGAGAACAGUGAAUUGUGGGAGCCGAGUGCUCCUGAGGCCAGCUCAGAGCCCUUUGAAACUUCGAGUCCCCAGUCGUCUGGACGUCAACUCGAAACAGACUGAAUUUGAUCUGAUUACUGUGAAGGACCGGCCAGUCUGGGAAGCUGUCUGCCAUGUGAAAGGAUCAAACCUGCCUCUUUGCUGCCACAUGUCAUCCUGAUGGCCAGCUGCUGGGCACCCAAGAGCGUCUCUGGAGGCUUCCCAGGGCCUACUGCUGCCCUAACCACCCUCGGCCUGACACUUUCAAGCAAGCAGCAAAGUUCUUGUCAGCCCUUCCUCCCAUGGUGCAGGACCUUUCCUUUGUUUCCUAGGGACAAUAUAGUUGAGACUGCAUAUUCCUAGACCCAGAAUCAAGUUUUAGCUUAAACAUCUGCCUAUAUACAUUUAAUAAAGUGUCAGACUACAAACAUUUUCAUUACACAGAAACUUGGGUUAACAAAGCAGUACAUGUUCAUGUCAUGUCUGAAAACGCUGUGUCUGCCCUCUGAGGGGUUCUGGGGCCAUGGGUGCCCUCCCCCUCCCCAGCAGCAGGGGUCAAAGGCACACUCAGAACUGCAUCAAUGUCUGGCCCCACUUGCCUUUCUCAAGGAAGCAGCUUUGAAGAGAUCGCUGCAUCUGCAAGCAGAGGCCAGCCAUGUUUCCAGGCUAGCCUUACCUUGUGAGCCCACUGUUCCCCUCAGUUCAGAAUACAGCCCAGCCAGGGGUUGACUUUUGGGUGCUUACCACUCUCGUUACCAUAGUUCUGCUUUUUCAUGGCAUUUGAAUCAUGGACCAUAACUUCUCAGUUAUCUGAUCAACUGAAGAAACCUUAGUUGGGAAGCCUAAUGUACUGACCUGUAUGCUCCCCCCAUGUCUUUACUCCAGACUCCUUUAGAGCAAAAAGAAAGUGGAGAGAGGAAACAGGCAGGGUGGAGCCAGAGCCCAACCCACCUUGGCCUCCGCAGCAGCCUCCUGCAGGAUGGGAGGGAAGCGUGCUCUGCCUGGUAGCGAGUGUGGCUGAAGAGACUUGGGGGUUUUUGAUAUGAUCAGAGCGGAGUGGUCUGGAACACAAAGACCUGCAGGUGGAAGUUCCUGGCAGAAUGCCCCUACCACACACCAAGGGCCUGACCAACUGCUGGGUACAUGACCCAGAGGUGCUGGACAUCACUGGACAGGUCCCUAUGAGGGUGUUUUCCCCAACCCCAACCUGGGGAAAGACAACUCUACUUUUGAAUUAAGAUCUUGGGAAAAGGUGCCUUUGAGUCCAUAGAAAACUUGCUUGUGGAGAUGGACUAAGCAUUAAAGCCGCGGUAUCCCUAAGGCUGGCUGCUUUGAGAACACUGGGGGCGAGGGGUACAGGAAGAGGUGAUAUCACCCAUGGCCCUCUUACCUCUUAGAAACUUCUUCCCCAAGUGUGGUCCCAGAGCCUGAGGGUAGCAGGAGCCCCACAGGCAGGGCAAGAAACAUUGGUCAUGUUCUAGGCAUGUCCUGCCCUCCCUGAACCCAGGCCAUCUGGACCGUCUGAGGACAAGCUCCUGCCUUCAGGGAGAGAGUGCUUUCUUUGGAAACCUAAAACCCUGGAACCGUUAGAAGGUGUUUCUCCUGCUCUCCCUCUCCCUGUAGAGAUGACUUUGUUUUUCUCUGACUAGGGAUUGGUGAAUGCUUGGCAAGUUUUGCAGUCUAUUUUUGUAUUUUUUCCAUUUGGGGAGGGAAGUUAUUUGGUCCCAAAACAUCAAGGAAUUGGCAAGAAUGGUAAGUGAUUGCCUUCCUUAGAGAGCAGACACCUGGAACUUUACUGUUUGUGUACAUGCAGAUUAAUUUACAUACGCACAUAUACAGUACACAUAUUUAAUACUUAUAAAAAUGUACAGAUGUAUACUUGAGUUGUGUGGGACACGGCUGCCAGGGGAAGUAGCUUGUGUGUGAGGGAGUGCAGGUGUACAGGGCAGCAGAGGGAAGCCAGCAAGUGUCUGAGAAACCACCUGUGCCUCACUUGAUCCAACAUGGCUGCAGGCUUCACCUCCGGAGCCCUGCUGCACAGCCAAAUGCUAUAGACUCUACGGGGAGGACUUGCCAUGCACACCUAACAGGACAAUGAAGUUACUUGGCCAUUUAUGCAGGACAUAGGCAGCAGCCGAAUCUCAGGUACCAGCUAAUCUUCUGGAUGGAAAAGUUUGCAGUUAUACUGGUCCUGGCAUAUUUUUCUCUCAGUGUUGGUCCUGACCAGUAGUUAGGGCCACACUAUGAAUGGCAAGGUAAGGUCAGCAGACUAGAUGAUCAAAGGUGGUGCUGUGGGAGGUAGUCAUUGAGCAGGUGCUUCUGGGGAAGGCUUUGGGUGCGCUGACAGUGGAAUCGGGGCGCAAAGUGGCAGCUCCAGGCCUGUGGCUAGUACAGUGCGGAUCACUGUGGCUUUGCGCAGUUGGAGAAUGAAUUUGUUCCAUGUUCCUUCAGGAGAAGGCUGGCUGUGGGAUGGAAUUUGCUUCUAACAAAAAAGCCUGCUGUUCAUAAGUUGAUGAAUCUUUCCCUACGUUCUGCAUUAACUUAUUAGAGAUAGUAAAUUGUGGGGUUUUUUGUUGCUUGUCAUGUAUAUCUAACUUGUUUUCUAUUUACAUAGGGUUAAUGAAUUCAGUUCUAACAGAUGAAACCAGAUCACCAUUCUGAUAAUAGAAAUUCGAAUUUGUGAUAUACUUUGUAUAUUUUGAUUACUUAAAUUUUUUGACCAUAGAGGAACUUUUGAUUUAGGGAGGUGGGAGUGCCAGAUUUAGAAGUCUUUUCACUGGAUUGCUUACCUGCACUUUGAGGUCUACUAGUGACUAGAAUUCUUUUCUCUUUGCUGAGGGACAGCGGCUAUCAGGUGGACAGCCUGAGGCCCCUGCACCCUGUUCUCUAGAAGCAAAAGGAAAGUUAAGUAGAGUGUUGGGUAGGGCCAUGUGGGCGUCCACCUUACUAUGUUCCCUGCUGGCCUUGGAGAGUGGCUGUGACACACUGUGUUGCCUCCUCCCUUCUGCCUCUGGGACAUCUGUCCCACAGUUGCCUUCUAUGGAAGGUGGGAGGAGGCCUUUCUGGUUGGAUGCUCUCGUCUCUGUUCCCUAGCUGACUGCUUGGGCUGUUGCCUCUUGUCUUCCUAGUCUCUAUGGACCAAAAUCCUCAGAUUGGAGCAGCUCAGGCAGUUCUAACAUCACAGCCUAAGUAGAUAAAGGUACUUUUCAGGAAGCCAGCCAAGAAGAAAAUCCUGAAACAAAAUACGGAGUUGUGUUUUUUCUAAAGCCACCAUCCUUUCCCUGAUGUUUACCAGGGCAAGUACAUUGGCUAGAUUCACUUUUGCAUAUGAUUUUUUAAGUUUAAAUUUUCUUGCAUCACAUUCAUUUGCAAAGCUUAGUUGUCUGCUGGAGAAGGGGUGUCCUCUGAACACAUGAAGGUCUGCAGUCAGCUGGUCCAGGCUAAUGCUGGUAGGUGGCCUGGGGCAGGCAACUAGUGGGGCUGGUUCUCCUUAUUCCACCGUAGCCUUCUUUAGCAUCUGAGAGCACAUGCCUCACCACCAACAUUAGGGAGUUUGUCAGCGUGCUUGGGGAACACUCAGUCUCCCGAGUUCCAGCACUAGGCCCAACAGGCUUUAUGAGAAUUGGUCCUUUCUAAGUGAGAUUUUAACCUGAAUUACCUACCCUGAAGUUUGCUCUGGCCUGGUUGAAUGGGCCAGGAAAAGGUCUGAGCCAUACACUCCAGGGCUGAUAAGGCUGUGGGGUCUUCAGUAGAAUGACUCGUUUGGGUUGUAACUGAUGGUACAGAACUGGUGAUCACUGCUUACUGCUUGGCUUCCUACCUGACCCAGCUAGAAAUCCAUAUGGAAUCGACAGGCCCCAAAAUCUUUUUCUGCUGGAGUCUGUGUUCCUAGUCCCUGGGUAGCCGGUAUGGGGCAGCAAGCCCACCUGCACUCUUGGCCCAGCACCUGCACUUGGCUGUGAAGUGAAAGGAACUCACACAAGGCACUUUGCUUCUGUGCUUCUGAGAGGGCUGAAAGCCCGCUUUUGGGACUUCCUGAAUGCCUGUCUAUACUAGCCAGCAGUCCUGGGGGCCUUGUCCUCCAGACUGGAAAAAUGUUUUUCUAGUUCCAGGUCCAGCAGGUGCCACCUCUUCUCAGCUGUCCUGAAAUCCGGGCCAGAGGUGGAGACCUACUGGUUGGGAAUUAACUAGACAGGCCCUGAGUGCCAUGACAAAGAUGGGUCCUUACCUGCUUUCUUGGUUUUUCAGACUCCCGUGUGUGGUUCGCAGGGCUGCGUGGAUUCGCACUAGUUACUACUCUGUUGUCUCUGCCCUCCCCGGAGCAUGACCCUUACUGCUGCUCUGGCAAGAACCAGGCAGAGCAGAGGGACAGCAGCUGUUCUGGUAGGGACUGCUCUUGAUACUUGGUGUCUUCUUGCUGCCCACAAGGGUGGGCAGGUGCAGGCCAGGACACCUGUGAGGGGCCGCAUAUUUAUCUGCCGUCAGUGCCUCUGUCAGGAGACUGACAAACCACACAGAUGGGACAACUGUGUGUUAAUAGCUUUUCUUGGUUAAUGCUUUUAAACUUGUAUUCCCUUUCAUAAGUGGGUGGUUCAGAAUUACUCAGUGUGACUAGAGUUGAAGGCGAAGAUGUCUAGGCUAAAGCCUGCUCAGACACUGAAUACGAAAGAGGGCUGCACAUGCUCAGUCCUUCCCAAGUCCCAGUAGAAACACUGAGUCUAUCACAUGGCACCUGUCAAUGUGCAAUUUGUAUUUAAAGAGUGAUCUUGUCCCUAGCUCCAGCCUACACAGCUUGGUCUCAUUCUUAGUUUGCUUGAUUCAGGGUCAGGGUCCCACAUGAGAUGGGUGGCUCGAAUGAGAACCAGCACUCACUCCUCAGCAGAGCUCCAGCACAAAUUGGUUGGUCCUUGUGGAGCUGGAUGGGCACAGAGCAGCAGUGGUUACCCCAAACAGUGAGCCCUCCCACGCUUCUGAGCAGCCGCUUUGUUCUGCUGUGCCAGGAGGGUCAGACUGUGCCAUAAUUGUUACUAAACAGAAAUGGGCUAGCCUUCCUCUGGCUAUUGCUCUUUGAGUCGUUCUGACACAGUCCUUGGGGGAUGUCAAAGAGGCUGCCAAAGGCCUACAGUCCUUCCUAUGUCCUGGUUCCUGGUCCUCGAGCACCUGCUUUGUGUUCUGAUCUCAGUGAAGACCCCUUUGUUUCCAGGGGACCAGACUGCUGAGAAGUGAGACUUGGGGAUGACUCAAGCCGUCUUGCUUCCGGUGUGCUUCCUGUCUCCCAGGAACAGCUGAAGUGACACCCAUCAUGGUGCUAAGUGUCCUGUCUGUCCAGAGGCACCCUGGAGCUCCAGCUGAACUGUAAGGGGUCACCUAGUAACAAAGUGUGAGAACAAACAGAAAAUAGCAUUUCUGUCACAUAAGGCCUACAUGGAAUGGGAAUUCUUUGGUCUGUGUAGCCCUGGCUGACCCUCAGACUGGUGAUUUUCCUGCCUCUCUUCCCCAAGGGCUGGACUCCAGGCGUGGUCUACCACACCUGGCUGGAGUGGGACUCCUUUACCUUAAACAUUUUAGUGGAAAGACAGCCUUUGCCUUUCAGGUGGGCUGUGGUGUGUUGAGGUGAAGGUGUGGGGCUGACCUCUUUCGACAGUCUCCCCAGGCCUUAAUAAGGUCCCCCAUGGGGAUGCUGCUAUUUCUAAGAUGCAAAUUGCACACUUCCUAGAUUUUUGUAUCUGUGGCUUUGAAUAAGGGAGGGGAACAGGGACACAAUUGCUUGUACAGUUUGAAAUGGGCCUCAAUGGUACUUCAACCUUUUGAUUGUUCCUAAAUAAAAAUGUACAUACAUUUCUCAUUUCUUA